CGCAUCCCUCCAUCGCUCCAUGCACGCGUUCACUCAUCAGAGGAGCAGCACUCCGCCUCUUCAUCUUCUCUGUGCAAAGCACCGGGAAUUGGACUCUCUGCGGGUGUCUCUGACGGAGCGGUGCAGGAUGUCGCUGAAGGUUCAGACCAGCAACGUGACCAACAAGACCGACCCCAAGUCCAUCAACUCUCGCGUGUUCAUCGGCAACCUCAACACGGCGGUGGUGAGCAAGUCGGAUGUGGAGAGCAUCUUCUCCAAGUACGGCUGUGUGUUGGGAUGCUCUGUGCACAAGGGCUACGCCUUCGUGCAGUACGCCCACGAGAGACACGCCAGGGGCGCCGUCUCUGGGGAGAAUGGUAGAGUUCUGGGCGGGCAGAUGCUCGAUAUCAACAUGGCAGGAGAGCCCAAACCCAGCAGAGACAAAACCGCCAAGCGAGCGGCCUCUUCGCUCUACAGUUCCUACGACUUGGACUACGAGUACUUAAGAGACGACUUGUACAACAGGUUGAUGGAGUGUCGUGGUCAGGUAUCACCGGACGUCCGGGUGGUACCGGUCAAACGCCCACGGGCAGCGCCCCCUCUGGUCCACCAGCUCGCAACUCUCCCAGUAAGGCUGAUGCCGAGUAACGCAGACGCUGUUCCAGGCAGCAAACACACACAACUCAGAGGAGCCCAACUGCGGGCCAUCAAGUCCCAACUGACUCAGAUUAAAGACCACAUUGAAGCUCUGCUGGGACGGCUGGACCGCUUCACUGAAGACACACACUUCAGCCGCACAGAAAAGAGGGCGUGGUCGCAGCGUUACAGCGAGGAGGAGGAGGCACGGCAGGAAGAGGUGUCCAGCUCGGACGCGGAGGACGCUCACGAGGAGGCGCAGCCAGGCAGCGAAGCUGACGAGGAUGAGGAAGGACAGGGUGAGAAGCACAUGGGUCGUGAGGUCCCGUGAGACGCUGCUGCUGCCACCGUUGGAGUGAGACGCAGGGCAAAAGCUGAUGUAAAUAAAAUGUUUAAAC